AAAGUUUGUUGGUUGUAUUCGUGAGGCGACCAGCACGGACGGAUGUGUACGACGAGUUUUCUUCAACCUAUUCCAGCCAGCCAGCAGCCUUCAAAUUCAGUCUUAUUUCUGUCGUGGUUUUGGGGUUUUUCACUUGUGAAAACAAAGAAUUUACUCGCUAUGCUACCUCUCUGAAGUCCCUAGCUGUCCUUAAUUAUUUUAAGGUUGACUUCCUGUUGUAGAAUUUCGCCCUUGCUCCCUACAAUCCAUCAUCUUUACUGCUGCAGAGACAUUGACAAACAUCAAACGACGCUGCGAAGCGGAAGUUUUGUCCACUACCAGCUGGUGAAAGCUUGGAGGAAAGUCAAAGAAACUGUGUAACCUUGUUUCACACAAAUUCACUGGAUAAGAAUGGCCGCCCUAACAGCUCACAAGAACAUUUCGGCAAAUGAAGAUUGUGCUGUGACAAAGAUUUCGAAUUGUUCCGCUGCCAUGGCUCAUCUGACAUCUGGUCACGUCACCUUGCAUUACCCGGCCGCAUCAGCCCAGGCUUUGGGUGUUGUUAUGAAGAAAGUACCCAACAAUCCUGCCAAGCGAGCUGCGCUUACUCAUCUAGUUCGAAGAAAGGCCGUCAACAUUGAAUUCAAAGAUCUUUCCUAUUCCGUAUCGGAGGGCAGACGCAAAGGAUAUAAAACCUUGUUAAAAUCAAUUAGUGGCAAAUUUAAUUCUGGAGAACUGACGGCAAUCAUGGGGCCAUCCGGUGCGGGAAAAAGCACUUUAAUGAAUAUUUUAGCUGGUUUCAAGGGUUCCAAUAUGACGGGUGAAGUAUUGGUGAAUGGCGUUGAGCGCGAUCCACGGAUAUUUCGGAAAAUGUCUUGUUACAUUAUGCAACACGAUGAAUUGUGUCCCCAUUUAACGGUGAUGGAAGCUAUGAUGUGUUCGGCUAAUCUCAAAUUGGCUGAUCGAAUAAGUCACGAGGAGAAACAGUUUUUGGUUUACGAAAUUUUGGAAACAAUGGGACUUAAAGAUUGUGAAAAUACUCGAACACUGAAUCUAUCUGGUGGUCAGCGGAAACGUCUGGCUAUUGCCCAGGAACUGGUUAAUAAUCCACCCGUCAUGUUUUUCGAUGAACCUACAAGCGGAUUGGAUAGCUCUUCUUGCAUGCAGUGCAUAAUGCUGCUCAAACAACUAGCUCAAGGAGGGCGGACGAUCAUUUGCACGAUCCAUCAACCGAGUGCCAGAUUAUUCGAAAAAUUUGACCGACUCUACCUUUUAGCCGAAGGCCAAUGCAUCUAUAGAGGAAUAACCGGAGGACUUGUGCAGUUUUUAUCCUCUCUCGGUAUGGACUGCCCAAGUUACCACAAUCCAGCUGAUUUCGUGAUAGAAAUUGCCAAUGGAGAGUACGGGGAUAAUGGAAUACAUAAACUGGUAGUUGCUGUGUUAACUGGCAAAUGCAAUAAUUGGAAUCAGGAUUCCAGCAGUCAAAAGUCCUUAACCUCCGUCAUCGAUGAAACCAGCAAAGUCGUCGAUUCAUAUGUUGACGUAUCUGGGACAAAGGCGCAAAUCACCGUUUCUAUUGGGCCACCAAAUUGCGAAAAUGUUGCCCGUGCGACCGAUUGUUUACUCGAUUCUGACGACAACUUGCCGUCACGUUGUUCGUCAUUUCCUACUUCGUGCUGGGCGCAGUUUUUGAUUCUUUUGCGCAGAACGUUCAUAUGCAUCAUGAGAGAUCAGACUUUAACGGGAUUGAGGGUUGCGUCACAUCUGAUCGUCGGUCUUAUCAUCGGGUUGCUUUAUUUCGGCAUCGGCAAUGAAGCGUCGAAAGCGUUUAGCAAUUCAGGUUCUCUUUUCUUCGGUCAACUUUUCCUCAUGUUUACCGCGAUGAUGCCCACUGUUCUUACUUUUCCGAUGGAGAUGGCAGUCCUAAUGAGAGAGCAUUUAAAUUACUGGUAUUCCCUGAAAGCAUAUUACCUUGCCAAAACGGUAGCCGAUCUUCCAUUUCAGUUGGUAUUUCCUACACUCUACGUAGUCAUCGUCUAUUUUAUGUCGGACCAACCUUGCGAACCGAUGCGAUUUUUCAUGUUCUUAACGAUGAGUGUCAUGACCAGUUUAGUAGCCCAAAGUCUCGGCCUCGUCAUCGGAGCAGCCAUGGAUCUACAGGCCGCCGUUUUUCUUGGUCCGGUAACCACAAUUCCAAUUUUGCUGUUCUCUGGAUUCUUCGUGACACUGGACACGAUCCCACCGUAUUUGCGUUGGCUGUCUUACGUUGCCUACGUGCGCUACGGUUUCGAAGGGACGUUGCUGGCCAUCUACGGAUUCGAUCGCCCCAACAUGCACUGCUCCGAAGCCUAUUGCCACUACAGGUCUCCCGUCAAAUUUCUCGAAGAGUUCGAUGUCCGCCAUUCUCUCUACUGGGUUGAUUUAGUUGUCUUGUCAGGAUUCUUUGUGGUACUAAGGCUGAUUGCCUUCUUCGUCCUCAAGUGGAAGCUACGGUCUCAGCAUUAAUAAUCAAUCGUUUCUAUCCUUAAAUAAUAAAUUAGUUUUCUUUGACCUCCAAGUGCCACUCAAUUUACCUUCCUGAUUACCAAGGGACUAUACAUAUAAACCCACUCUCUGAAUAGUGUAUGCGGAUUCCAGUGGAUUACUAUGCACAAGAUUUUGACGACAUUUCUUAAUGACGAGGUCAACUCUGCUAAACUGCGAACAUGCACUGCUGCUUGAUUUCGAGGUCGUCCGAAUAUAAGUUGGUGGGUCUCCCUCUAAUUAACUGCCUAAUGUUUGUAAUCUUCAUCGUUAAAGAAAGAUCUAGUUCUCUGAGAUGCGCUUCCCCAGUUACUGAUUACCGCAAUCGAGUAUAUUUGCCCUCUGGAUUCGUGACGAGUGUGUGUUAGACUAACUUUAAAAUAGUCUUUCAGAGCAAAGAAGAAACCCUCCAGUGUCUUUGUCACCUUUUCCCCCAUGAAGACAUUCCUGCAACCAGUAUUUGAUUGUUCCCUUCAUGAUUAUAGUUAAUAAUCAUAAUCUAUAGUAUUAUGUAACGUGCUCUUGAACUCUCUCCCUUUUUGCCGAUUUGUUGGCGUUAGUUUCAGCAUUCAUCGUUACAUUCUCCGGAAACGUGUAUUCUGAAUGGUGAUUGGUGAAUGUAUCCUUUUUUAUACACGCGAAACGAAUUGCA